AUGGCUACUUCCUAUCAGUUUGGAUACAACAUCAGUGUCCUCAAUCAGCCUGUUACUCUAGUGAAGCAAUUUUUAAACGAAUCCUACUCCUCAUCACGGUCCUCAUCGUCGUCGUCAACGUCGUCUCCAGCGACUGACGGAAUAAGUGAGCAUGCACUAACCGUCAUCUGGUCUCUGUGUACGACCCUCUUCGUGUUUGGGGGGAUGAUCGGGGCCUUCGUCAUCGGGUUCAUCGCUGAUAGGUUUGGGAGGUCGGUCGUCCCUUUUUUAUUUGGACUCGGACCGAUGUACAUGCUAGAAGUGGUACCCUUCAAUUUGAAAGGUGCCAUGGGUACCAUCCAUCAACUCUUCAUCACCAUUGGCAUAGCUAUGGGAAGUCUCUUCGGUUUGAAUAAUUUAUUAGGGGUGGAAGGAAAGUGGCCGAUACUCCUGCUCUUGAAUGCGGUUCCGGGUGUGGCCAGCCUCGUCAUAUUCCCAUUCCUGCCCGACAGUCCCAGGUUCCUCAUGCUUGUCAGAAAAAAUAAGGAGGGUGCCAGAAAAGCCCUCCAAUGGCUACGAAGACGCACGGACGUGACGGACGAGAUAACGGAGAUGGAGGAGGAGUCAAAAAGUCAGCAGGGUCAGGGUGAAACGUACACCAUCAUGAAACUCUUGAGGACUCGAGAACUCAUCCCACCGCUGAUCGUGUCCAUCGUCCUGCAGCUGAUGCAGCAACUCUCGGGCAUCAACGCCAUCUUUUUCUACUCAACCAGCAUCUACUUGAACGCAGGGGUGCCCGUCGAAACCGUCCAGUACGCCAACCUGGGGACGUGUGUCAUCAACGUCGCCAUGACCUUUGUCGUGAUACCUUUGAUGGACAGGCUUGGUAGGAGGAGCCUCUUACUUGGACCAAUCGCUGGCAUGAUUGUAACGCUGGCUGUUAUAACUGUUGCUUUAAACCUGCAGUCUAGCUACCCGUCAAUGAGUUACGUCAGCAUAAUAUGCGUCCUAUUCUACGUGGUCUUCUUCGCUUGCGGCCUGGGACCCAUUCCGAACAUGAUCACAGCUGAGGUCUUCAGGCAGGGACCGAGGGCCAGGGCCAUGAGUUUGGCCGGGCUGGCUAACUGGCUGUCCAAUGCCGUCGUAGCUAUGGGCUUCGAGAUUGUUCAGGCGGCGACAAAAGAGUUCGUCUUCCUCAUCUUCCUGGUCAUCAUGGUGGCCUCGCUCAUCUUCACAUACUUCAAGGUUCCCGAGACGAAGAACAAAUCAUUCGACGAGAUCGCCAACCAGUUCAAGAGUGCCGGCGGCAGGAAAAGAUGAAGGAGGGGAGGCUGAGUUGAGGACUGUCAACGUUUAGGGAUGAUAUGAUGAUGAUGAUGAUGAUGAUGAUGACAAUAAUGAUGAUGUUAACAUGAUGAUAAUAAAGAUGAUGUUAACAUGAUGGGUUGUUCUCUCUAUACUGCCGGUGAUGAUGUGAUGCAAUUUUGGUUGGUGGCGAUAGUGGUCAAUAGUAGUGGCGUUGUCGUUUGUGAUGACGAUGAUGAUGUUGUAUGAUUGUGAUGAUGGUAUGAUGAUGAAUGAUGGUAUGAUAAUGAUGAUGGUAUGAUGAUGAUGAUGGUAUGAUGAUGAUGAUGGUAUGAUGAUGAUGAUGGUAUGAUGAUGAUGGUUAUGUUAUUGAUGAUGGCGAUGAUGAUACAUGUCGAUGAUAACGGUAUUGAUAAUGAU